CGCAAUUUUCGCUUGUGACAAGUGUCAUUUUUCUUUUAUUUUAUUUUACACAUUUAAUUAUUUUAUAUAUUAUACAUUGAAUAAUUCUCUUUAUAUUUUACAUUAAAUAACAAUUUCUUUCUUUAUACUACACGUAUUUGUCAGUAUAAUUUUACCUUUCAGACGAAUCAUAAAUCUGAUCGCUUUUUUUACUAUUGCCUUUUAGCAACACCUGUACCACGAGAAUGAUUUGAAUACAAGAUGUUUCGAAAUAUGCCACAUGCGCAAUUGCAAAGUUUAUUAUCCAAACAGCGAUCAAACUCCGCCCUAGAUGAAAACACCGCCUUUGACAUGCGCCGGAGGGUCGUUUGCGCGACUGCACCGCUUCUUACCUCUAAUCUGAUCGCGUUUAAUCUGACCAAAGUGCUAAAAUGCUGCUUGUGUAAUUCGGCGCGUUAGAUCCGUUUACUCGUGAAACCAUAAUUACCAUUAUACAAACAAUUACUCGUGUAAAUUGACAAGUCAACGGAAAUAAGAAGCUAUCGUAAUGUCCGUAUGGAACGCAACGCAAAAUGCACCGCUGGAUUUGAGUAGAAAUGGGGCUGCAUGGAAAACCGGUGUUGUUAAUGCUUUUAAAUUUCAACGAUGUCUUCCUUGCCAAACUUGCGGUAAAAGUUUCGACAGACCUUCACUUUUAAAAAGACAUCUACGAACCCAUACAGGAGAGAAACCACAUGGCUGCACGAUAUGUGGUAAAAUGUUUAGCACAAGCAGCUCGUUAAAUACUCAUAUUAGGAUUCAUACCGGUGAACGUCCUCACGAAUGCCCGAUGUGUGGAAAACGCUUUACCGCCUCCUCGAAUUUGUAUUAUCAUCGCAUGACGCAUUACAAGGAGAAGCCACAUAAAUGUGACGAGUGUGGACGAUCCUUUCCAACUCCCGGUGAUUUAAGGGCUCACGGGUAUUCUCAUACCGGUAAUUGGCCAUUACGUUGCCCAGUGUGUAACAGAGGAUUUUGCAAAAUUGGCGCCUUACAUCAUCAUAUGAAAUCACACGGCGAUCAUUCUUAUCGUUGUAAUAUCUACAAUCAGAAGCCUCCCAUGAUCAGUAAUUUACGAAUUUAUGAACAUCAAUAUAAUUCUCAUGUGUCAAAUAACAGCACAACUGAUUACAUGCAUAACGGUAUUGCAAACAUAGAAAUUAUCAAGUUCGAAAGUCUCGGUAACAAUUACAUGCAAUUACCUGCAUUGUAUCCAUGGUCUUCUUGGAUGCCAUCACAAUUUCAAAAUUAAUUCAAUCGUGUUAUAUUUAUAUGCGCGACUAUAUAAACCAUUAUU